UUUAGACUAAAACUACAUGGAUGUAUUUCAAUUUAUUACUGCUCAUUUUUAGGAAUAAUGACAAUUAAAACCAUUCUCUGGUUCACAUUUGGUGGAACGUUUUCUGCCUUGUAUGCAAAUAAAAUACGUGGCUUUCAUUUUUUAAGAAAACCUCAAGUACAUGUUAUAACUACCUUACUUGGUUUUGCGAUUGGUUAUAAGUUGCACUUGUUUGAAGAAAAUUAUGAAGAUUUGUUACAGGAAGCAAGGAAAGCUAAUCCUCUCUCAACGUUUUAUCCGAGAGAAUCACUAUUGGCUUACCAAGCAAUGGUAAGAAGGAAACAAGAACAAACUGUCAUCUCUGACGUAGAUAAUGAAAGUUUUGAAAUCAGUGAAGAAGAAGAGAAUGGGGACAAGUAAACCAAAUCAACCUGUCUCUACUUCAGCCUUCUCUUUAGUGUGUAACAUACUGGUUUUGUAUAGAAGAAAUUUAUCCUUUCCAA